AUGCUAUAAUUACGGAUAGAGACUCCUCUGCAGCAUACUACUUUAUCAGAACGUGAAAGAGUUGACGUCCGGCAAUCAUGGGCUCCUUGUCUUUCCUUCUGCUGUUUGUAGGGAUCUUUGUGUCAGCCCCAGCAGCCCAAGCAGUCAACGUUGACGUCGUCACCAAGUACAUCACAACCGAAGUGACUACCCUAGAGCAAGAUGAGAGCUUCCAGCUGAUUGGCUACCUAUGUGGCCAGAUGAAGGACAACGGUAUCAACGUUACUGUUGUGCUCAACAAUAACCCGUACUGGAUAGCGGUAGUGGGCGUGGUCAAAUUCUACGUAGUGGAUGCUGCCAAUAAGACCGCAAAAGACGCACUGUGCACCAAUGUCGACAAGCAAGGUGUUCCUCACGCUGGGUGCUUCGUACCAUCCUGGCCAUCGACCGGUGAUUUGUUCGUCAAGGGACAAAAUGGACCAGUGGACGCUGUAUCAUUCAGCUUGGAUGCAGAGUUGGUACCUAAAACAGAUAAGAAGAACUGGAAGCAAAGUCCAGAAAGUGACCAGCUUGAAUACUCAGUUUCUUAUCCUGAGGGCGGUAUAUACAAAUCUGACCCUGCAGUGACCACGAUUUACCUGACAGAAGUGAUAUUGUUGUCGGCUGCUCAGAAACUUCCUCGGCUCAGUGAAGCCUACCUCAAGUUUACCUUCUGCCCUACUCCUGUCACGGGUACAAGGUACACCGUGACCAGCACUGUGUUUGGGUCGGAUGGUGAAAGUUCCUGGGUGCAGUAUAUCUGUGACAAGUCUCCUUGCGAGCCGAGUGACACAACCAAUAUGGUCGCCCAUGAUGGACGCCAGCUCCCAAGUAAUACAGUGAACACACCCUCUGGACGAUGGACUACCCUGUAUGCUACGGUUGUCUGCUGGGGUGGACCUUUUGACCCGGCCACCAAAGCCUUUGUCGGUCAUUUCAACUUUAACGCCAUUAUUGGUUCUUAGGGAGGAAGCCAAGUGUUUUGUUUCAUCACGAGUUAGAGUUAAAGUAAAUUUUAUGAAGGGGGGAAGUUUGUUUUGGACGAGUAUGGUUGCCUUAUUUGAUGGAAAUUCGCAUUUUUGGGUGAAUAAUAUUAAUUUUUGGUUUUACCAGUUUGUGUAAGCACUGUAUACUCAGUAUUUUCCCGAGCUCUAUUUUUGCCUCAUAUACCAGCCUGGACGAAAACGGCAGCAAGUUGCGUUUGAUGAAAAUCAUGCACCUCACUUCACACCUAAAAUGACUUUGCAUGAUGUUGGGUAUUAAUUGUAAAAAAAACCGAACAUUUGAACAUAGGCUCUGCUUUUCAGAAGAACGUGCCCGAAACAGCUACGGUUAGAUCAGUGAAUAUGUCAGUGUUAAAGA